UAUUUAAUUGCUUUAACUUUAGGUCACAGUAUUGUCGUAUAGAAAAUGAGCAAAAAUAUUGAUUUAUCAUUUCUCCUCCUUUUUUAGAAUAUUUUAUCGGAAGAUUAUACCUUGGAAGAAUGGAAGAAAAAUUUAGAGCAGGUGUUUGUAGUUCUGAAAGUAAUGUGGAUGCAAUCUGAUUACUUUAAAAAGGUGGAUAAUAUGAGCAGGAUUUUCAAAAGUAUUUCUAUACUUUUAAAACAAAAAGUAAAAGAAUUGGCUCGCAUUGACGUUCUCUUUAAGAAGCCAUUGCAAAAGGUGAAGCAAAUUGUCACAGAUUCUGUUGAAGUUUUGAGCUUUUGGAAGAAACUGUAUAUGGAAGAGAGCGAGAACGUAAAGAAGUUUGGAUCAGCUUAUUGGUGGACUUUUGAUAUAAGGCAUUUUUUCAAUGAUACUGAUUAUAUCAUCAUCAUUUGCAAAGACAUAGAAAAUAUAGCUAAUAAACUUCAUGAGCUUCAUAAUAUCUUCAACACACAUCUAAGAUUGUUCGUAGAAAACGUCAAAGAACUGAACGCAUUGAGAAGUCGAAUUUUCAGCAUGACUCUCAUCAUACAAUAUGUAAGAUGCAUUUUUAUUUUUCAAUAA